UCAGAGGUAGAUGAAUUUCGUCUAUCGAUUGUGAUAGUAGAGUUUGUGCGAAGCAACGGCGCCAUCAUAACAGCCGAGUUUAAUAGCGCCUUCCUCGACCCAUCGUCCUCUGAAUUUCAAACUCUCCAAGUGGACCUGGAACGAAUACUUCACACCGUGUUUCAAGACAUGCCUGGUUUUCUGCGUGUUCGAGUUUUCAGUUUCUUCAGUGGAAGUAUCGGGGUGGUGCCGAUCGUAUCAUUCAACAAAGAAUUACCGACGACCAUGGAAAUGGUUGAAGAAGCUCUGACGAGAUCAAUAACCGAUGGCAAUCUGCUGUCAGGAUCUGAAUACAAGGUCGUGCCAAGCUUAACCACUGCGCAGGAACUUGUGUGCGAGGAUGGGUAUUGUCUUAAUGGAGGCACGUGCACACCCAGUACUGUGGACUAUGCAAGCACAUGUUUAUGUGCUACCGGCUACUCAGGAACAAGAUGCGAUGAAGGUCAGGGUGUGUCAUCGAUUACUAUCAUCUUGAUUCCUGUGGCGUGUUUGGUGUUAAUUGCCGUCAUUGUCGUCGUAGUGUGUUGUUUCUUUGCUGUGGGUGUUAUUAAUCGCCGUGAGCAGCAAUUAUAUCAAGAUCAUCACGGUUGGGAUAUGCCCUCAGCCGAUGACAUGGACUUAUUCUACAACCUGAGAUACCACACUGGAUCGGCUCGGAAAGUGCCAAGUGGAGGAUUUGGAGCUGGUACGGCUUACAUUGCAAGCGGAAUGGAGGCUGAGGAAAUUGCGAUGCACGAUUUACGCCGAUUCCGCAACUCGGUCAUUUAAAUGGAGAUUUGCCUAGCUGCAGCUGGAUGAACGUGAAGUUUUUGUAAUCGUGGAGACGAAUCGGCAAAUUAAAGUCUAAAGGUUUUACUAUUCUCAUAUUAAUCAGGGAUGUUUAGUGGUUGUAGUAUUUCGGCAUUCCAACAGCUGAGGUCGCACGUUAGCAGUGAAUGCAAAGUAACAUCGGUGAAAGCAUAUCGUCUAUUCUAAUGAUACAUCCUUUCCUAUGAACACAACACCAAAUUAAUAUACAACAUAUAUUACUAUAUAUAGGGUACGGCUUGCCAAGGGGCAGUCAACCAGUUGGAGCUGGCUCUUUAAUUGUUUAAUUAUAAACAAUAAUUAUACAGAUAUUCAAUGUAAUCGUACAAACUCCCGAAUAAACCCACUGGAUUAAAAACCAGAGAUAAAACUCAAUGAGCAAAAACUCUGGAAAACCUUGUGGUUGCCAGCAAAACAAAACGUUUCGAACGUUUACAUAAAGCUAUUUUUAAAGCUGAUCCAUUCUCAGUUUGUUCUUAACUGACCUGAAGUCGCAAGCUAGAAUGAUCCUCCCCACGCCUUCGCCUCGUACGUUCUACGUACAUUCUAUGCAUGUCUUUCAUAUUAAAAUUUGACACACCCUUUCCACCCUUAUACGCACCACCGCCUCGCGGAAUUCAUUCCUCAAACGAUUAGACAAAUUUUGACUGCUAUACAACCGUAACGCAGGCAAAGAUAAUUCUCAUUACUUGGAUGAUGUUAACUUUCUUAGAUAAUGGUAGCAAUCAUUUUUCGAAGACGAAGAAACUACAGAGAAUUUGGACAAAUGAAGAGCCACAGUUUUUAACAGAUCAUCACGUUUUAAAGUCUUCAUAAUACAAUAACAAGAUAUCACUAGAACUGUGAAAAAGUCUCUUGUGGCCGCACUUUAACUGAUUUCAAAAUGUCUUUCAAUCGUGAAAGACUUGAGAUUGUGAAAGAUUGAGUCGAUUCCAACAUUGUGAAGAAAUACCUUCUGUAUUUACCUAGAACAACUAAAUUGAUAACAUUUUAGAACUUAGACCAGAUCGGUUGUUAUUUGUAUAUUACCCCAUAUAAUUAUAUGUAUAUCUUAAAGCCUAGUCUAAAAAGAAGGACAAUUUUAUUGAUUUUUAACUUAAAAUUUAGCGCCUUUGUUAAAUACGUAAUACUGUGUAACAGUAUAUUAAUCAGCGUUUGACAAUAUUUAAUUGCACUA